CGACGCUUAUUUCUUCCCAUACCACCACAAUGCUUCAACGAGGCACACAGAGGCUGUUCCCAGCUAUCGGCAGGCGAGCUAUCGGCGCGCGAUCAUACAGCUCCUUCACUACCGAUAACACAAUCCCAGCCAACAGCCCGCAACAACCUACUCGACGAUCUCCAGUAUCGAGCACGAAUGCUCUCCCCACAGUUGCGCACGGCGCUCAGGAUGAAGCUCUCGUAGAGCAGGCUGAAGAGGCGGAGCACAAGCGUGUCAUGCAAGCCCCGAACAGGGCUACUGUCUGGAGCAGGAGCCAGAAGCCACGGGCGGAGGCAAUGGUUGGACCACGAUUUGAACAGACAAUCAUGGAAGAUCAGCCACGUCCGCUUGCUGCCAUUGAGCUUAUCCACAAGCAACCAGUGCGUUGGACAAAGGAACGUGUUGUAUCUUGCGAUGGAGGAGGCGGACCACUGGGACAUCCGAGGAUCUUCAUCAAUGUGGACAAGCCACAGAUCUGCAUGUGCACGUACUGCGGGCUGCCAUUUGCCCAUGAGCACCACCGCAAGCACCUUCAGAGCUUGCCUUCAACCACGUAUCCUCUUGAGCCUACUGGUGACGCUGCGCAGAUUCCAGCAGCCGAUAUGAACUCGGGUAACGCGAGGACUGGCGCAACUACCCCUUACCAGACUGCGACUGGGGAGGCGUAUGGGCAGAGAUAGAAAGCCGAGUGAGCAAUGCGAGACACUGUAUAUUGACGUGAUACAUCCCGAGAACCAUUUCCCUUCACAUAUCUGUCUAAAAGAUACACGAAGUGGAGCGCUUCUUCAUUACGCCACCAAACUCACGGUUUCGACAGUCCUAGCGUCCAUGCCCUAUCGAGUGGUCAUGAAACACGAUUCCUGACAAGGACUAUCCAGCUCUUACCGGGCCUUGCUCCCUGGUAUAAUAGAACACCACAUUAUCGCGAGCGACCACUCGGACGGGGGGAAUAUGCACUCCUGCUUCUGGAGCAUACAAGAUGAAUACAUAUGCC